ACCUCCUUGCAGAACUUGUCUACUCUGAGUCACAAUGUGGCUUAAGGGCAGCAACAUCCACACUGGACAUGAUUUUCACGCUUCGGCAGCUGCAGGAGAAGUGCAGGGACCCUUGUAUCUUGCCUUUGUCGAUCUCACAAAAGCCUUCGACCUUGUCAGCAGAGAUGGUCUCUUCAAGCUCCUUGCAAUGAUCGGCUGUCCCCCAAAACUCCUCGCCGUCAUAAGAUCAUUCCACAAAAACACACAUGGUUCCGUCCGUUGGGAAGGAGAAACUUCAGGGGCCACAGUGGCCUCAAAGGCCUCUGGGAAACCUCAGAGGCCUUUCCAAUCCAUAGCGGUGUAAAACAGGGCUGUGUUCUUGCGCCAACCUUCUUUGGAAUUUUCUUCUCCCUCGUUCUGUCUGCUGCUUUUGGCACAUGUUCUGAAGGAGUCUCCCUACACGCAAGAGCUGAUGGGAAACUUUUCAACCUUGCCUGUUUGCUCUCCAAGACCAAGGUGACCAGUGUCCUCCUGAGGGAAAUGCUUUUUGCUGAUGAUGCAGCUCUAACAUCCCACACCAAGUCCGAGCUCCAAAAGCUGAUGGACUGGCUUUCAUCUGCCUGUAAAGAGUUUGGUCUCACCAUCAGCAUUAAGAAAACAAAUGUCAUUGGCAAAUAUGCUAAAAUUCCACUCUCCAUCUCCAUCGACAAUCAGACUCUGUAAUGUGUAAACACCUUUACAUACCUUGGAUCCGCAAUUUCCAGCGACUUGUUACCCAACAUAGAACGUGCCACCCGUCUUGCGAGAGCCGCCACAGUGAUGGCCAAGCUGUCCAAAAGAGUAUGGUCAAACAAAAAGCUAUCCACGCGCACUAAACUACAGGUCGACCAAGCCUGCGUCAUUAGCACACUGAUGUAUGGCAGCGAGGCCUCGACCACCUACACCAGACUUGAGAAACAGCUAAACAGCUUCCACCUGCGCUGUCUUCGCCGCAUCAUGGGACUCUCUCUCAUGGCAGGACAAAGUUCCCAACAUGGAAAUCCUGGAACGUGGUCACUCCACCAGCCUGUUCACCAUGCUCAGCCAAGGCCGCCUGAGAUGGCUUGGCCAUGUCCACAGAAUGGACCCCAGCCGGCUCCCCAGAGCUGUCCCGUAUGGCGAAUUGUCAACAGGCCCCAGAUCCCUUGGUUGCCCCCGACUGUGUUUCAAGGACGUGUGCAAACGUGACAUUAAACAGGCAGGCAUCGACUACAACAACUGGGAGGAAGCUGCAAAGGACCGCAGCGUUUGGAGGCAGACUGUUGCCACAGGAACUCGCCGUGCCUAGGAGAAUUACAUCUUCUUGUUGCAGAUGAGGAGACAAAAGCGCAAACUGUGUGACGCUGUACCCACUCCUGUGUCAUAACCCUCCCCAUACGUCUGUGCCAACUGCACCAGAGACUGUCACUCAAGAGUGGGGGUGUACAGCCACAGCUGCCGCUGCAAGAAAGAAUGAACUCUCCUAGGCCCAACCCAUCAUAACCACUGACGGACGGAUGCCUCUGAUAUUGCAUGAAAAAUUUUACAUUUUAUAGAUGUGUGUUGCGAGUUGAAAAAUAUGACACACAGGUUGGAGAGCAUAUUUACAUGAAUAUGGAGGUAAAUAAGUGUUUCCAUGGUCCUUCAAAAAUAUGGAAAUUCAACAUUUGGUGUGUUUGCUAACAGUGGAAAUUGUGCACAAAGUAAAUUACAACCUGCUACCCAAAACUGUAGAAAUCUCCUCUGAAAAAUAGGACAAUAAUAACUUCAGUGAAAGGUUUUGUUAAAAAAAAUUGUAUGCACACACAACAUUGAAAACAAAUGACCAAUUAAUGGAUGCAGUAGCUUACUUUACUGUAGCUUAAUUGGUAAUGAUAUUUACUCUCUAAUCAACGGGCCUAAGGUUCAAAUCACAAUCAGACUGAUUAUUACCAUAGAGCAUAAGUGUUUCUUUUAUUAAAAUGUGAUUUAUAUUGAUAUUAUUAUUACUGUAAUAAUAGUAUGUUUACAUUAAUAUUAUUUGUAUGCCCUUAUGGUGUUUGCUGAGAAAAAAAAUGGCCCUCGGACAAACAUAAUUGGAGGAACCCUGCAUUCGACCAUUUCUGCACAUUUCUUAGGAGUAGGCGAUACUGCAAAUGUUGGUAUUAAUCCAAUAUCAAUAAAUGCAGGCCAACUAGCUAACAAAUGCAGAUACUGAUACUUUUAAAUUUAUUUUUUGGAGUUAUUAAUUUUUCAUUAUUAUUGUGGUUGCACAUCUUGCCUUUAAUUUGUUAAUGGUUUUAAUCAGAAUAAAACAGCCAGCGUUCACACAGAAAUGCAACAAAUUAGAUUUGCCCCCGGAUCACCUGACUCUGUGGCAGAUGUCCAAAUGGUGAGUAUUUUUUACCUUGUUUUUUUUUAUUUAAUUUAAUUCUACAGGCUCUAUUGACACUUGUAACACAAUAAUACACCCUUGUACUGCAUAUAGGUUUAAAGCUAUUUCGGGUCUUUUCGGGGCUUUGGCUGCAUGCUGUUAAAAUGUAAUGAUCAAAUCCUGCUAUGUUUACAUUUUUGUGCCUAUAUGAACAUGAAGAUUAGUGCUUGGAUGCAUCCUGUAUGCCUAAUUAACGACAUGUAGAGUAUGCGUACAUGUAUUUGCUGGUCAAUCACAUGAACAAAAAGGGAAGACGCAAGAAAUGGGAGACAGAGAGAGGAAGCUGGGUCAAGGAUAUAAAUUGCUUAAUAAGAGUCACUACUUGUCCAUUACAGACCUACCCGAGUAUUUGUGGUCCAACCUACUUUUCCGCCAUUGACUUUUCUUCCAUCAUUCCAACUGGCCGGACCUGGGAGGAAUUUUUUGACAUUGAGAUUCCUAAAUCCUAACAGGAUGAAUCUUCUUGACUACCCUUUUCCGGAGUUGGACGUGACCUUGCAGGAAGUGUCCCGCGUCCUCCAACUCACUUUAAGUCCUGAUCUUUACGCUGAGUUCAAAACCACACUGGCGAAGCAGAGAGGGCUUCUUUUAGAGGCUCAGCAGAAGCUAGCAUCCAACACUGCCGGCCAAGAGAAUUGGGUGACCGAGCAGUUCAAGAGAUACUUGCUGUCUUGUGGUGACCCACUGCCAACCUCCACCGCCCUCCCGGUUGUUCUUCUUCCAUCCGAAACGAAGGGAUGCACUCAGUUAGCGAGAGCAGCUGCUCUGCUCUGGGCUGCGGCAAAGUUAUACAGUGAGCCAACAAUGCUGGAGGGUGACCUGCCAUUGGAGAAAACCCAACAAUCUGAGGUUUUUGCUGCCACCCGAAUUCCUGGCAGCAGUCAAGAUGAAAUUAAGGUCUACCCUGACAGCAUCCAUGCCAUCAUUACAUGUGUUGGAGGAGUGUUCCCAGUAGACAUACUGCAGCGCUCCACCACUGGUGGGCCAUUAUCUGCUCGGUCCUUCUCUGACAUCUACAACCAGCUGGCUAAAGUAGCUAAGCAGCCGAACAAAAGACAGAAGAAUGACCCCUUAACCAUUUGUAGCCUCUCCGCUUUGGACCGCAAAUCCUGGGCUUCAAUCAGGGAAGAGCUCAUGAAGAAAGAAGGAGUUGCGUUAGCAUCACUGGAGCAGAUGGAGAGCGCCGUGUUGACGUUAAGUUUGGAGGACUGCAAUGCACCCUCUGAGCUGGCUGACAUCCUUAAUGCAGUGAGACUGGGAGGAGAAGACGGUCCCUGUUUAAGAUACUACGACAAGGUGCUGAAUCUGGUAGUGUUCAAAGACUGCACAGCAGGAUUGCUUUUCGAGCACUGUGCUGUGGACGGGAUGGUAGCUGGCCUCGUAACUGGCAGCAUGUACCAACUUUCUGAGUCAGCUGACCUAAACAUCGUCCACACUGAUGCAGAUAUUGUGAAAGGGUCUGUUCAGCCAACAUCGCUAACAUUUUCUUUGCAAGGGGUAAACACCAUGUCCAGCCCUGAUUUAAAAUCCAAAUAUCCAGUUGUCACUUUUGAUGUCCCUUCAUAUCCAGAUGUAUUUUCAACUCUCAAAAGCCAAAGAGGCCUCUAUGAUGCUUGGAUCAACUUCUCUUUACAACUUUCCCUGAUGCAGACUCUUGGAAAAUCUGCUGUCUCUCACAUGCUUGUCACUCCUACCCAUAUGCGCCACUACAAACAUGGCCGUUGUGAUCCCACCUACUCAGCCACCAUGCAGUCCCGUGAGUUAGUCAGUGUCUUAGCAUCUAGCAUUCGCCCCGACAACACCAUCCAAUACACAAAUAGCAUCCUAAAUUUGUUCCAUGUUGCAGUUUUGGAACACAAGACUCUCAUCAAAAACACUAAAACUGGACAUGGUGUCGGUCCCCACUUAGCUGCUCUUCGUCGAGCUUUACCAAAGGACAAUCCUUUGAAAAAGUUUCUCGACCGCUUUGGUUGUCCAUCCGUGUACCUCACAGGAACCGAUUCGAUGGAGGGAGUAGAGUGUGGAGUUGGUAAUGUUUAUGCCCAGGAUCAGCUAGCAGUAACUUACAUUGGUAAAAGGGAUAAGAUUCGUAUUGUGCUUAAUGCGAAAGGGAGCUUUGCUCUGGAACUGGUCAAGCUGCAGGAGAAGCUGAAGGAGAACUUGAAGUUAGUGAUGCUUUUAGCGCUGAGAUAUGCAAUCACAUGUCAAAUGGGAGCUCUGGAGUGUCUCUUUAAACCGAACCAGACAAAGAAAGUAAACAGAGAGAUAAACCACUGUCCAAAGAGCACAUGCAACAACGAAACAAUGGCUGACUCGGCCUCACACAUGAGUCCAGACUAUACGUUGGUGAUACAUGGAGGUGCUGGAGAGGGGAUGAUGAUGAAUGCCCAAGUGAUAAAUGUCAUUGAGUUUGCUCUGCAAACAGCUUUACUCCUUGGAUCCGAAGUGCUCCAAAACGGUGGCCAGAGCCUGGAUGCAGUUCAGAGGUCAGUGGAAGCUCUAGAAGACUGCUUUCUCUUUAAUGCUGGGAAAGGCUCUGUUUUCAACAGAGAAGGCAAAAAUGAAAUGGAGGCAACCAUUGUAGAUGGCAAUCAAAUGAGGUCUGGAGCUGUUGCUUGUGUGCAAAGUGUAAAGAAUCCAAUAAAAGCAGCAAGAUGUGUCAUGGAAAAAAGCUCACAUUCCCUUAUUGUGGGAGAAGGUGCUGAGGAGUUCCUGAAAGGCUUGGAGCAAAAGCCUCAACCAGUCACACCAGACUAUUUUCACACUGAUAUCCGCCACAGAGAGCUAACUGCAAAGCUUAGUGUUGUAAACCCUUCAAAAAACAAUCAUCCUCAGACAGUUGGAGCUGUGGCAUUAGAUUCUUGGCGUGGAUUGGCUGCUGCAUCGUCAACGGGUGGGCUAGUGGGGAAGCUGAAGGGACGAAUUGGUGACACAGCAGUAGUUGGGGCGGGAAUAUAUGCUGAUAACACAUUAGCUAUUUCCUGUUCUGGAGAUGGAGAUGUGUUUCUGAGGCACACAGUUGCACAGAAAAUCGCCAGCCUCUACCAUCACAAAGGCUAUAGCCUAAGACAGGCAUGUAGAGAAGUAAUGACAGAAAACCUAAAAAAUGUCUGUGCAGGAGUCAUUGCGGUGGACUCUAAAGGGGAUGCUGUUAUAGAGACAAAUGCUGCUGUAAUGUUUGUGGCCUCUAUGAUUAGUGGAAUAUCCAGAGUUGAGGUACUUCGGCCCCUGAAUAAUGUCUCUGACGUGAUCUGGGAAACAGAUGAGCUGGUUGCAUACCUCAAUCCCAAUCCCUGGACCCCCGGGUCAACUAUUUUGACUCGAAAAAUGCUCAGUGGGGCACAUGACAUCUUCCAUUUGGCUGAACCUGAUUUUUUGGUGCUGCUAAAUGGGGCGAAAUCUGUAUCAAAUGUUCUAUGUAAACAACUAGGAGUGCAGCGUUGCGCUUUGGUUUUUUAUCCCAACCCAAAUCAGGCAGCUCAAAUUAGACUGCUCCCACUUCAUGGCUUAGUGCCGAAGUGGCAGCCGCAUCUUGCCAGUCAGGAGGAAUUUCACUCUUACCACCCUGGAUACUGUUCAUCCAAAAGUGGACCUCGUUGGGAUGAUAACGCACUGGCCAAGGUUCAAGCCCAAAUCAGGAAAGGACUACCAACAACAAAUGCGCCUUCUAACUUUGAAUUUUUUGGAGAUCUCUCUGAUGAAAACCUGUUUAGUAGGAUUGUAAAAGGAGAGGAAAAACAGUGGAGAGUAUGGGAAGACAGUCAACAUGUUGCUUUCCUCACACCAUACCCAAACACUCCUGGAAUAACUGUGGUGGUGCCACGCAAACCACUUACCAGUGACAUCAUGAAGCUGGAGGAAAAAGACUAUAAAGCUCUCAUCUUGGCCACUUAUAGAGUUGCCCAACUACUGGAGGAAGGAAUGAGAGCUCAAGGUGUUGCACUAAUCUUUGAGGGCUUCGAGAUCGACUACGCUCACACCAAGCUGAUUCCGCUGCUACCUUCCCCUGAAGGUCCAACGAUUGUUAGACCACAAGCGGAAUUCUUCCCGAAGUACCCUGGCUAUGUGUCAUCCCUUGAUGGUCCGCCUGCUGACCUAGAUGACCUCAAAACACAGUACUCUAAAAUCACUCAGUGCAGGGCUCCACAAUCUUGGAAAGACCCUCAGUCACACUCCACACUUGCAAUCACCAGCCAGUGGUAUCGCAACCUGUUCCAGAUACAGAACACGCUUUUCCACAGCACGGUGGAAUAUUUUAGUCAUUCUUGCAAGUACUCUUAUGCUCUGACGCCUUUUACUACAGACACUAUCUCCUCCCCAAUGGGUCUUGGGUCUGACUCAGAGCCAGUUUCCGUUCACCUCUUGGGUCAAGACAUCUAUCUGGCCGACUCCAUGCAAUUUGUGCUUGAAUACUUCCUCCGCUUCCAGGAGAACCUACAGGGUACCUACUACAUCUCUCCCAGCUUUAGAGGAGAAGAUCCUGAUUCCACACACUUGAAUCAAUUCUAUCAUGUGGAGUGUGAACUGUUGGGGGACAUGGACCGAGCUAUUUCCAUCGCAGAGAGAUAUUUGGCUCAUCUCACUAAGUCAAUACUCAAGAAACACUCCGAGAUAAUCCUCCACACUGCAGGGACCCUCACACAUGUCACAUCCAUGCUGAGUAAGUUGGAGGGUAAAACCCCAGUGCCACGGGUUUCUCUUGACCAGGCCAUUCCAAUGAUGCCCUCUGCUGAUUGCUUGGAGUGGGUCCAAGAUGGCCAGCCCCAGUUUGGAAGAAAGCUUACACGAAAAGGAGAGCGGGUGUUGAUAGAAAAAUAUUGCGGUGUUGUUUGGUUGACUGAGAUGGACCAUCUAGCGGUUCCCUUCUACCAGGCUUAUGUGGAGGGCAGUGGGCGAUGCAAAGCCAAGGCUGCAGACCUUCUGCUGGGCUUGGGAGAGACUAUUGGUCUUGGUGAACGUCAUUCUACCCCUGCAUUGGUACAAGAGGCUCUCAGACACCAUGCAGUUCCACAGCAGUCCUACAAUUGGUACACUGACAUGCGGCAGGUGAAACCACUCCUUACCAGUGGUUGGGGGAUGGGCACAGAGCGAUACCUGUGUUGGCUGCUCCAGCAUGAUGACAUCAGAGAUAUACAGAUUAUUCCAAGACUAAAAGGAAUGAAGUAUAUGCCCUGAUUUUCGAUGCUCAUCGCCCAUCAAACUGUAAAAUUCAUGGCUAAGGAGAAUUACUCGGCAUGAACUGUACAGUACUAGUAUUGCCACUCAAUGAUGCAAGCUAUAGGACAUUCCAUCAUAUUUAGUUUGCAUUUCUUUCUGUUUCAAUUGCUACAACAGUUAUCUUCUAAAUAUGUGCAACAACUAAUUACAUGUUUAGAAUUGUUUUAAACUUGCAUCAUCAGUUGAUCGAAUGGUUUGAUUACUGUGGUUAUUAUUUAAUAUUGGAUUACAGCAUAUACUGUAUAAAUAAAAGGUAAUCAUGUUUUGAAGUUGUCCUAAAACAAUUGCAUUUUAUUAAUAUGAUGCAUUUCGUGUUUUUUAACUAACAUUUAAAAUCAACUUGUCGUGUUUUAAUGGAGGUUUAUGUGAUCUUGCCCCAUAUAUUUAUCAAUAGAAUAACAAUACAAUUUUCUGUUUUAACCAAUAACUAACAAAGUCCAAUGAAACGUUUUCCCUGAUCAUUGUUGCAUCAUGUUUUAAAUAUUUGUGGAUGCAACUAAUGGACAACCAUUUUGAUUGUGAUGUUCACAAACAAUAAAUAAC